AUGGACUAUUUUUCCUUCCCAUCUGUUCGACCUCCGCUGGGCACGGAGUCUACCGGCUUGCACCUUCGUGCAGCUUCCCCCAGGACUCCCAAUGUCGUGCCGCCAAGUCUGAGUUUUGGUCCGGCCAUCCGCAGAACUCCCCACGAUGUCACACCUGGCGUGGACAUGAUCACCUCGAGACCUCAUAUGUUCGGAACCGUCACCAGCGAUACUCUCAACUUCGAGAGUGAUAAUUUCUUCGAGGCUUUGAGUGAGCAGACCUCGAGUGACAGCACCAUAGCAUUCGCAUUCGACAUUGAUGGCGUCCUCCUCAAAGGAAGGAAGCCCAUUCCGGGCGCUCAACAGACGAUCAAGAUGCUGCAGGAUAAGAAGGUCCCAUUCAUCCUGCUAACCAAUGGUGGGGGUCUCACCGAGAAGGACCAUGUCGCAAAACUCAACCUGAGACUCGGUUUGGAACUUGACGAGAAGCAAUUCGUCCAAUCGCACACGCCCUUCUAUGAUCUCGUGCCGAAGUACAAGAACAAGACCAUUCUCGCCUUGGGAGGCCAUGGCCAGAACAUUCGCAAGCUCGCACAUGCUUACGGCUUCGAGAAAGUUCUCACUUCAUCGGACCUGCUGGCCGAGUGGGAGCACAUUCACCCCUUUCCGGAGCUAACCAAAUCGCACCACGAUGAGCACGGCCAGCGGAUCGACCAACCCCAGAAUGUAGAAAUCGCUGCCAUUCUGGUCUGGUCGUCGCCGCGGGAUUGGUGCCUGGACCUUCAAGUUGUUUCCGACCUUCUCUUGUCGAGCGGUGGAAAGCUCGACAAGAAAUCGAUGCGCAAUGAUCAAGUCCACCUCCCGAACAAUGGUUACCUCCAGGACGGCCAGCCGAAGCUCUACUUUUGCAACCCUGACUUUGAGUGGGCCACUCAGCAUGAGCAUCCUCGCUUCGCCCAAGGCGCUUUUCGGGAGGCCCUCAAGGGCGUUUGGGCCUACGCGACCAGAGGGAAGGCCGAGCUUCAAUACACGAUUAUCGGCAAGCCUACCGAGGCCACAUACGCCUACGGUGAGAAGACUCUUCACUUGUGGAAUGAACGCCUGGGCGAGGAGCUGGGCCUCAACCGUAAGAUCAAGACGGUAUACAUGAUCGGUGACAACCCUGAGAGCGAUAUCCGCGGUGCGAAUGCAUUCAAGUCACACAUUGGUGCUGAGUGGAAGAGCAUUCUCGUCGAGAGUGGCGUUUACGAGGCGGGCAGUAAGCCAAACUACAUGCCGACAUUAACUGCCAAGGAUGUCAAGGAUGCUGUCGAGAAGGCGCUGGCACUGGAGGGUGUAGAGCUCUAG